UGUCCGUAAGGUCACGGCUGGAAAUUCCGCGAUUUGUUUACCGAACAGGUUCCACUCGAAAAUCGCAUUUGUAAAUCUAAACAUUUAUUUGGACGUGAGGACAGCAGGGUGAUGCGCAUGGUGUUUUUGGGGGGCGACGGUUUCCGCGAUUUUCUCUGUGUGGAAGGUGCGUAGGGGAUCCACAGUUUUCCUUGGUACGUUUCCCACCAAUUGGUAAACUGAACUGUGCGUCCUAAACUGGACACCGGAACGUCGGAAAAGUACGAAAGAUGUUGGUGCCAUGCGUCAUAGUCCUGAUGGUUCUAGACGUUGGCUUUGGCGAGUUGCGUUCGCCUUGCCCGGACGUUUUCCAGUACGAGUCGAGGCAAGAGCAGAGACGUUGGUUCGGAAGGAUCCACCUACGUAGCGACGAUGAACUGAUUGGGAUCUGGAUCCACGUGGAGAUGGACAGAGAGAUUGAACUCCUAGGGAAUUGGUUCGGGGAUUCCACGACGUACGAUAACAUUAAGUUUACCAUUAAGAAUCAUGAUUAUGUGUUAGAACCUGGUAUUACAAAAACCAUACGGAUUUUUGCUCAAUACUACGAGGGUCCCACACCUAAUUUGGUUUCCGUCAGGCUUAAUGGUAAAACUAUUUGUAGCAGGGGGAAAAGAUCAUCCGGAAAACGCACAACUAUUUACAUCAGUCAUAAGCCAGUUACCGAACCGACGUUAGCAACUCAACAUCAUAGACACACAACACUAGCAAGUGUGUCGACUGAAAGUUUCUGGACCGAACAGUCCCCAGCUCCUCUAGCAGGACCGGUGCCAACACCUCCAGUCGUCCGUCAAGAAGAAUACUGCGGCAGAGUAGCAAAACGACCAGUCGAAUUGAUAUUGCACGGCCAAAACACAACCCAAGGUCAGUGGCCCUGGCACGCCGCCCUCUACUACUCCGGCGGACUCCAACUGAUCUACACCUGCGGCGGCACGUUGGUGUCGAGUCGACACGUGGUGACGGCCGCCCACUGCGUCACCAUGAUCUCAACCAACGAGACCAUAAACGUCGACAAGCUUGUCAUCUACCUGGGCAAGCACAACCUGAACAGCUUCGGCACCAACGUGCAGAGCAUCGACGCCGAAUCCAUACACCUGCACCCCGAAUACGACCCGGGCACGUUCUAUAACGACAUCGCCGUCGUGACGUUGUCCAGGUCGGCGCAGUACACCAAGAACGUGCGACCCGUGUGCCUGUGGAGCUCGGACACGUCGCUCAGUUCGGUGGUGAACAAGGUGGGCACCGUGGUCGGAUGGGGCUUCGAUGAUAAAAAGCACGUCUCCGAGUACCUGAUGCAGGCCGCCAUGCCGGUGGUGCCGUUGGAGACGUGCAUCUUUUCAAACCGCGACUUCUUCUCUCGGCUCCUGUUCGACAAGAACUACUGUGCCGGCUUUCGCAACGGCACCAGCGUGUGCAACGGCGACUCCGGCGGCGGCAUGGUCUUCCCUCGGACCGGAACCAGAGGCGUGGAUACGGUUUGGGAGCUAAGGGGUAUUGUAUCAAUCGGGGUGGCGCAGCAGACCGAGAUGAUCUGCGAUCCGGAUCAUUUUAUCAUCUUCACCGACGUGGCCAAGCAUCUGCGUUGGGUGAAGAACAUUAUGGGCAGGCGUUGAAUGAGAUGCGAGUGACGUGAUUUCGUUUUGAGAUUAUACAACUGUUCAGUUCCUUUAUUUUUUAUAUGUUGUUUAUGUGAUCCGCCCGCUUUUUUUGGGAAGACUUGCCCGUGAUUAAUGGGGUGCGUAAUUAUUAUUAAUGGAUUCAUUGAUUUUGUAUUGACUGUAAUAGGUCUAUUGACCUUAAACUGCCUUUGAAUCUGCAACUCAAUCUGCGAUAAAUUUAUAAUAAUAAACCAGUAUUUUUUAAA